AAUCAUAUAAAAAGCUUUAGAAACCGGCAAUCUUCUCCUCUCGCUCAAUCUACCACAAUGGCCUUCUCUGGAAAAUAUCAGCUGGAAAGCCACGAGGGCUUUGAGGCCUUCAUGAAAGCUACUGGUCUUCCUGAUGACCUUAUUGAAAAAGGCAAGGAUAUCAAGAGCACCUCAGAGAUCGAGCAGAAUGGGGACAAUUUCAAAGUGACUGUGACCACAGGAACCAAAGUCCUGGUCAGCUCCUUCACUGUGGGUCAGGAGGCUGAGCUGGAGACGCUGACUGGAGAGAAAGUCAAGUCUGUGGUGAGAAAAGAGGGAAACAAGCUGAAGGUUACUCUGAAAGGCAUUGAGUCAGUCACGGAGCUCGUUGAUGCCAACACACUGGUCAAUACCCUGACUCUGGGAAACCUCACCUACAAGAGGGUCAGCAAGCGUGUGUGAUGUGACAGACUACUCUGUUUGGGUUGGAAAAAAGUGUAAAAAAUGCAAAUUAAAUAAGACAUUUUUAAUCCA